UCUUUUAAAAAAACGAUGGAUACGAUUAUUAAGCAAUUUGAAAAUAAAGGUCAAGGCACUGUUCGACUUGACUUGAAAUAUCAACCGAGUAUUGCUCUGGUGACAUUAGAAAACCCAACACGACACAAUGCUUUGUCUGGAAAGAUGAUGGUUGAAUUACAUUCCAUUAUUACACUUUUGGAAAAUAGUCAGGACCUAGUGGCUGUUAUCUUUAGAGGAGGUGGAGGCUCUUCCUUUUGUGCUGGUUUAGACCUGAAGUUUGCUCGACAGUACGUAAACACAAUUGAAGAUUCAUUGGCUUUAAAUAAACUCAUGUACAACAAUAUCCAGAGAAUCACACAACUUCCUUUACUCACUAUGGGUAUCGUCACAGGUGGCGCCAUUGGUGGAGGAUCCGAAUUUAUCACUGGUCUUGAUUUCAUCUGCAUGUCAAAGGAAUCUGGAUUUAUUCAUUUCGUACAAACAAGGAUGGGUGUUAGCUCUCCUUGGGGAGGUAUGCAGCGUCUGAUAUCUCUGGUAGGUAAAAAAAAGGCGUUGCUAUGGAUGGCUGGUGCUUAUAAGUUAGAUGCUGCUCAUGGUGUUGAUCACGGGGUAGUGGAUAUCGUGGUAGACAAGGAUAAAGAUUGUCUGGAUCAAACCGUCAUCUUUUUGAAUCAGUUCGUGGUGGAUCGUGUGACCGGACAAAAGGUGUCUCCCUUGGCUGUACGUGGCAUGAAAAAACUAGCUAUACGUGCUGACGGGGAUUGGGAUUACCAGAGUAAAGUCUUUGCUACUACCGGUGGAUUUGCUAAUUUAUAGAUUACUUAGAAUAAAAAUAAUAAAAUGAUGUAUUGUCAGGUUAAAUGACAAAAAAGUUUAGAAAACCAGAAUAGUUAACUCCUGUCAAUUGAGUAUGUCGAAACUGCCACCCCCCUCCCCACAACUUGGGCCAGAAUUUGUCUUUAUUUAUUUUCUGUCUAGUAAUUUAUGACUUUAGAC